AAUGGUUCAAAGUUUACAUUUUAACUUGACACAACGAGAAAUUAGACAUAAAAUCAUUGUCGAAAGAACUCAGACAGAUAUUAGAGAGGCAGAAACACUUGUUCAUGAAAUGUUACCAAUUAAAAUAGCAAAUUCAUUAAGAGAUGGUCACGAAGUUCAACCGGAAGUUUUCGAGAGCGUCUCCAUUUAUUUUAGCGAUAUUUAUGGCUUUAACGACUACACUGUCGAGUAUUCUCCAUUGGAAGUUGUCGAUCUUUUAAAUAUGGUUUAUGGGUAA